AUCAAAAUCAAAAUAUAGAAUUAGGGUUCGUAAGUGACGAAGAGAAGCAGCAGCACUUUGUAUGCUUGUUUCUUAUUCAGAUUAAUUGCUUGGAGAGUUCCAAAUGGACCGUAUCAGUCUGUUGCCCAAUGAUUUCCUCUUGCAGAUACUUACACUACUUCCUACAAAAGAUGUCUUGAACACGAGUGUUCUGUCAAAACGAUGGCGGAAUCUUUGGAAGUUGGUGCCUAAACUCCAGUACAUCGAUAUCGAUAAGAAUGCUGAACCUUGGAAAUUGUUUCUGUUUGUGGACAGGUCUUUGCUAUUACACACGGCUCCAGUCUUAGAGAGUUUGCAUUUCAAGUUUGGUAUGAAAUGCAGGGACGUAGAUGUUGGGUUUUGGGUUAGAAUCGCAGUAGAACGAGGCUUGCGUGAGCUGAAUUUCGAUUAUAGUCAUAUGAUUGAUGAGCCUAUCAGAUUGCCUCAGAGCUUGUAUACAUGUGGAACACUCGUGGUGCUCAAACUGAAAAACGUAUCCCUUGUGGAUGUUCAGUUCCCGGUAUGUUUCCAGUUGCUCAAAACGCUGCACCUGAAUGAUGUGAUUUUCCUAGACGAUGAAUCUCCUCUGAAGCUUUUGUCAAGCUGUCCUGUUCUUGAAGUCUUGGAUUUGAUUCGAGCUCCAAAUGACAACGUGUCGAAUUUCUCUGUUAUGGUGCCUUCAUUGCAAAGAUUUAUGUAUCUUGGAUUCUUUAGUUCUGAGCUUGUGAUGAAGACGCCUUCUUUGAAGUACUUUAAGAUUUUAGAUAAUGGUUACAAUUGUAUCAUUGAGUAUUUGCCUGAGAUCGUGGAAGCACUUGUGGAGGUGAUAUGUUACAAUACUGAUGAAAUCCUCAGAUCUCUUGCAUCAGUCAAACGUCUCUUGUUAUGUAUACACUGCGAGGUUGAGUUUCCUACUGGUAUUAUCUUCCACAAGCUUGAACACUUGGAGUUUUUCACUUGUUAAACAUUGUGGGAUAUACUUAUGUCUAUGCUCCAACAAUCCCCGAAACUUCGAUCUCUCAAGCUUAACGAGGUCCAUUUUGACUGCAUUGUUUCUCGAGAUCCUAUGCUUCAUUGGGAUGAACCAAGCUCUGUUCCUGAAACGCUGAAGUCUGUUCUUGAAACUUUUGAGUGGAGAAACUACAGGGGAUGGAAGAUAGAGAGAGAACUCGCAACUUUUAUCUUCAAACAUUCAAAGCGUCUAAAGAUUGCAACCUUUUCACCAGUUGACCCCAAAGAAUUGAGGAUGGAACUCCGUACAACAGUUGGGAUGAAAUAUCGUAUGCUCACGGAUUUGGCGCGUUUGCCAAGGGGCUCAACAGAGUGUGAGCUUGUCUUUGGUUAAGUUAAGCUUUUGUACACGUUUUCCAUUCAGUAGUAUUGAAGAAUUAUUAGGGUUUUCAACUCUCUGUGUUGACAGCGAAAUCACUGGUUUAAAAGCUUGC